CAGGUGCUCUUACCACUUGAACCACUCUUCCAGCCCUGAUGACCACUCUCAUUUGCAGCAGACAUGCAACCAGAGCCCGGAGUGGCUGUGCUCAGAGGACAGAAGGAGACCCGAGAUAGGCCUGCUGGGGAGAUGGUGGAAGGCACCCCUCUGCAUCCUUUGCAUCCUGUGCUUGGAGUUCCUGGAGGUCACCCUGCUCUUCCCCAAGAGCUGGGCCAGCACUUUGUAGGGGAGGACAAAGAGUCCCCAGGCAGAGACCCAGCUGGCCCUCCUGGUGGUGGCUCUGAUGUGGAGCCCCGGACAGUCCAGGCCAAGCCUAGAGAAGACCUGAAGGGCGCUGUGCCCAAGGCAGCUGAUGCUGUGAAGGAACCACUCCCUCAAGACUUGGAACCAGUGCCCAAGCCAGACCCUGCUGGGGUACCCAGGAGACCAGAGAAGCUCCCUGCUGAGGAAGUUCCCAGGCAGAGCCAGGAUGACUUUGGUGAAGAUUCCCAAGAAAAAAAGAAAACUGGAAAAGAAGAAGUAGCCACUGGGGCUGACAUUCAGAAAGAGGAUAACCAUCCUGUGGCAGGGGAUGGUGCAGAGGCUGGGGACCCUCACAUGAAGCCCAGGAAAUUGAGCCGAGACCUGGCACCUGUUGUAGGCCCAUCUAGCAGGCCAGGAGGAAUGGCUCCUCAGCCCCAGGCUGCGUUGGGUCAGCAAGAACCCCCGGCCAUGUCUGAGAGGGGCCAGGAUGGGCACCCAGAAGCAAGAAAGGCGGCACAUGGAGGGGGCCAUGCGCCUGCUCCUUAUGAGCAGCAGAGAGUGAGGGAGGGUGCUGCCAUGCAAGAUCCCAAGCAGAGGCCAAACCCUGAGCCGGGUCCUGGACUAGCUGUCCCUGGAGGUCAGAAGCCAGACAAUGCCAGACCUAACCGAGACCUAAAAGUACAAGCCGGCUCUGACCUUCGGAGGACACGGCGGGACCUUCCCUCUCGUCAACCUGGGGAGCUGGCUCCAAAGGACGGGAUCAUCAUCAGCUUUAACCCCUUGCCUGAAGUCCAGGUGAAUGAUCUCCGCAGUGCCCUAGACACUCAGCUCCGCCAAGCUGCAGGGGGCGCAUUGCAGGUGGUCCACAGCCGGCAGAUUAAACACUUGCCUACAGUUCUGGAGGAGGCUUGAGCACACACAGCAAGGGCUGUGGCUGGGUAAUGGCUGCCAUCCUGUCAGAGACUUGUGUCUUCCCUGGCUGUAUCCUGAUCGGAUAUGGAGAUUGUGCCAUGAGGGUCUAAAAGGUCACGUAGUCAAUGGCUUUGUUGCCCGAUGUUUUUCCUGCCAUAUCACACCACUUAUCUGAGGCCUCUAAACUUCUGCAGCUGGAGCUCACGCCGGCCCAGGAGGAGAAAUGGCUCUUGCCAGGAGCUGGCUGAGCAGUACUGAGGCUCAGACUCCUCAAGGGUCAGAUUCACCGCUGUGGUGGCAGCACUUCUGUGUCUGUUCAGACUUGCCUGUCCCUGCCCUAUUCAAGUCAAGCUGCACCACUGGCUGAUGUGGCCGGUGCAACUUGCAGCCUCUGUGAUAGCCUCUUAUUCCUCAGUUAUUUUGAUGUGUUGCAUAUUCGCCACCACGCUGUGGGAGACCUUCAUUCAGUAAGCACCUCUCUUGCCCUCCAGGGGUGCUGCUCAGUAUCCAAGAGGUCCAGGGGGUAGGUGACUGACCUGGUGGGGUUGCAGGGUGUGCACUCUCCCCGUGGUCCAUUCUUUGAAAACAAUUGUGAAAUUAAAAAAUAAACCACCACUGAUAAUCUGGUAAUAUCUGGGGUAAUAACCUAAAGGGAAACCUGUCAUUGAUUGACAUCAAGCAGGGACUAGAGGUCAUGGAGAGACAGUUCCCCAACCCAGACAUCACAGGACUCUCAAACUGGGUGAGCAUAACCCAGAGCUCUGGGUCGUGCAGAUCCCCUGGAGGGUAAUGGGCAUGUAAUCCUAUAACCAGGGCAGGCCUUAUGCACCUUGCUGAUUGCAGAAGCAGACUGAGGCUCAGGUACUGUCUGCCCUGUGUCCACAUGGGUUCCAGGCUGAGGGCAGGGCUUCCCCUUGAGCUGUCUUCCCUUUUCCUCUCCCCAGUGCCACUGGGGCAAUCAGGGAGGGUGCAGUUAUGAGGCAGAGACAGAAGAGGAGCCUGGCAUCUCUGGGAACACACCCCAGGCCCUGCCACAAAGGACUUGGAAAACUACAUCUGCCAGUGUUCGCUGAAGCCUUGGUGGGGCUCUACCCCAGGUUGUGCUCUCCCUGUACCUCCUGAAGUCCUUUUUCAUUAUAGUUUCUUAAAAGAUGUCAUUGGACAGCCUGAAGACUAGAAAAUGAAUAAACAGAAUGGCAGCUGCCACAGGCUGAGCUGUGACUCCUACUGAACCCUGGGCCCUAGGUGGGGCCAGGGGCACUGUUCACACAGGAGGGACACACUCAGAAAAGGGCAGGGGCUACAGGUAACCUCCUGUCCUUCCUUCUUGACUAAAUUUCAAAUAAUCCAUUGCUCAGUGAUAAAAUGCCACCUGGUUAGAUUUGAACUCCAUUUGUUACCUUGCCAGAAUGGAGUUUUUACAUGGCUUGAUUUUCCAGAGUACCUUACCUUGACCCAGUUUUCUUUUCCUUUCUGGAGGUCAUUCUACCCUCCUCCCUGAUUUGCCAAGAUAACAUCUGUCCUAAGAGCAGGUGGGGCAGCCCAGCCCAGUACAGAUGGGUAUGACUGGCCCUGCCUCUGCCAUUGCUGCCCUGGGCCACCUCUCAAUUCUUCCUCCUGGCUGACACCUCCACCCCCACUUCUAGUCAAUAGCCCCUCAGGUAGGGAGGCAAAGCAAACUUCUUCCCCCAGAGGUCACAAAGGCCCCAGGGUGGGGCUUGUUGCCAGAACUGUGGAAGAGCAGGGCUGGCGCUCUACUUCAGGGGCACAGCCUGGUUUCUGGUCAUGUGACACCUAGUGGUCCUGGCCAACACUUACAGGCUGGGCUACCAGUGAGCCACCCUUCAAGUCAGCUGUUCCCUGGGCAGACAUGGAUCCAGUCUACCCUUGUGCAGACCAGUGGCAUGUGAUACCUGCCUCUGAGUGCUCCCCUGAAGAGUAGGGACAUGUGGGGACAGCAGUGUGUGCCUCUGGGCAGAGCAAGAAUCCAGAGGAGCUCAGCCCUCAAAGAACUUUGUGUGGGAGCUUCUCUGCUUCCACCCUCUGCAUGUCAAAUAGGAGGUGCUUUUUUCCUUUUCCAUU